CAAAUAAUCUAAAAGACUGUUUUGGGCUUAGUUUUCGCACCUGGGCUUUUCUGAAUUCAAUAGCUUAAGCCCGAUUUCAUUUAUCCUUUAUUUCUUCUCCAAGCUUGAAAUGUUCUCGAAAGUAGUCCUGCUCAGGUUUUUAGUUUGAAUGGUUAAUGGCGGAUCAGUGGAGCACUUCCUGAGGAUCGAUCAAGUAUACCAGUCACGAUGCACCUUCUGAGAAAGUUUACGGUUUGCGAUAAGAAGUCAAUUCUGAGAGUUGCAGCUGGGUCUAUAGCAGGGUCGGCUCUGGUGUUCUUUGCCUGCAGUGAUAACGAUUCAAAAGCCCCCCUUUUCUCGGUUUCAAUUCCUAAGCCACUAGAAGACUCAAUCAGAUGUAAAUGGAAUAAUUUGCAAGACAAAGACUUCUCCUUCUACCCCUCAUUUCUGACCCUGGGAGCUUCACAGACUAGUAGGUUUCCUUUUGUUGUUUCUAGAACCCGUUCAGAUGACGCAACAUCAUCUGAUGUAAACAAAGACACUUCCUCAGUGGUUGUUGGUGGUGGUGGUGGUACCGUGCACUCAUGUAGGAAUUGUCUUACCCGAGAUACCAUUGCCAAUGCAGCCGCAAGUGUUGGUCCUGCUGUAGUCAAUUUGUCUGUUCCAAAAGGUUUUCAUGGAUUGGCGGUUGGAAAGAGUAUAGGAUCUGGCACAAUCAUAGACAAAGAUGGAACAAUUCUAACUUGUGCACACGUGGUGCUUAGUUCUCAAGGGUUAAGCCCUUUAUCGAGCGGGAAGGUUGAGGUGGCCCUACAAGAUGGCCGAACAUUUGUGGGAACAGUGGAAAAUGCCGAUUUACAUUCUGAUAUUGCAAUUGUGAAGAUAAAAUCCAAAACUCCACUUCCAUGUGCAAAGCUUGGUAGUUCAACUAAGCUUCGCCCGGGAGAUUGGGUGAUAGCCGUGGGUUGUCCCCUUUCUCUACAAAAUACUAUCACAGCAGGCAUUGUAAGUUGUGUAGAUCGUAAAAGUAGUGAUUUGGGGUUAGGCGGUAUGAGGAGAGAGUAUUUACAAACAGACUGUGCUAUAAAUGCGGGCAAUUCUGGAGGACCUCUUGUGAAUAUUGAUGGAGAAGUUGUCGGUGUUAAUCAUAUGAAAGUAUUGGACGCUGAUGGGUUGGGAUUUUCUGUGCCAAUUGAAUCAAUUGAUUCAGUUAUCAAAAUUAUAGAUCACUUCAGAAAAAAUGGGAGAGUUGUUAGACCUUGGUUGGGAUUAAAAAUGAUGGAUCUCAAUGAAAUGGUUGUUGCACAGCUGAAGGAAAAAAAUUCUAAAUUCCCUAAUGUAAACCAAGGCGUCCUUGUACCCAUGGUGACUCCAGGUUCCCCAGCUGAUGUUGCAGGAUUUCAUCCAAAUGACAUUGUCAUAGAAUUUGAUGGAAAGCCUGUCAGGACCAUUAAGGAGAUUGUUGAGAUAAUGGGAGAUAGGGUUGGACAACCAUUGAGAGCAGUUGUGAAAAGAAGUAAUGAUGUUUCUGUGACACUGACAGUUAUUCCAGCGGAAGCAAAUCCAAACAUGUGAUGUUUUCCCUUUUAUCAACUUGUCAUGGACUCUGAGCUCAGCGCCUCAGCCCAUCUUUUGGGGGAGAAUUUAUUAUAGAUUAUUACUCAAUAAAUUAUAUGAAGUACUUAUUUUUUGGUCAAAUUUAACUUUUUUAAAUUCACUUCUACGUAUCAUAUAGUACCUCC